AAAACUUAGAGAAAGUAUGGCUCCACUCUAGUAUAGAUCUGACACUGACCGACUUCUGGCGAUGCUAAAUUUAGUUCAAAAGACUUGAUGCAAUCAAAAAAAGAGAGAGAGAGAGAGAGAGAAAGAGAAAGACAGAGAGAGAGAUUGAUCCCAAAAUGCACCACGGCCAAACUGUGAACCAUUUACAUCAACCCAGCCAACCUUCCCCACCUUCAAAACAAACAGAAACAGGGCCAGAGGCUGCAACCCUCCUGCACCUUAAAUUAAAGGUUAGCGCGGUUAAGGUGAGCAGGUCAACUGGGGGUUUGACUCCUCUCCCAUAACUGGUUAAACUCCCUGGAUGUGGACUAGUUUCGCUUCCCCCCAGCCUGGACUUGCUGUCCCGGCCCAGAUGUGCUUCGGUUCGGUUCGGUCCGGGCCCCUGGUUUCUGUUUCUUGAUCUAAUUAACUCCAGGAGCCACCUUAAAAAGCGGGCAGGGUGAUCCCGAUCUGGCCCCGCCUCUCGCGGCUCGUGCGGCAGACGUCGCUCCGGCAGUUUUCCCAGGUCUCUUUCUGGAUGUAGACGUUGUCGGAACCCACCGAGUCCGAAACCCAACAGAACCGCCGCGAACGGGCUCCAUUUACCGGAACUGAAGCGCCAGGAGUGGGGAGGUGACUUUUUUUUUUUUUCAGCCCCUCCUUAUCGAUUCUUUUCUGGAUUCGGUUCGUUUUCGCCCCCAGGACCAGAGUCUGGUCUUCGCUGCAGAAGGAACUGGUUUCAACGUCGGGACGAAGACCAGUUGGAGGUCCCCCCMCCCCUUCCUCCUCCUCCUCUUCUUCCUCCCCGCCGCUCGGAGGUUGUUCCACCGCGGAGCACUGUUGGGAGAUGGACCAGCCCCAGUAAGGACGCUGACCCGCGGUUCGGACUCAGUAGCAGGACGUGAUUUGGACCAGAACUCGCCUGUUGAAGAGUGGCAACAUGUUUACUUCCUGGUUUCCAUGGUGAUCAGAGGGAGCAUGCUCGUCCACGCCUGGAUCUAAGCUCAGCGUUCGUCUCCUGCAGCCGCCUCCAGAGGGGAGAAGACCUAACGGUCCAGAACCGCGACCCGCCAGAACCGACCGCACCCAGAACCCGUCAGCCAGCCCAGACAGAGGAGGAGCGCCAGCGGCAACGACAUGGCCAACAACACAGCCGACCACCCUCCGGGGAACUCGUUGGCCGAGGGCGGCCAUGACGGCGGCCAUGACGGCGACUUCGGAAUCAGCAUGCAGGAGCUGAAGGGCCUGAUGGAGCUGCGGAGCGCCGAGGCUGUCGGAAAGAUCCAGGAAGGUCACGGAGACGUGCAGAACAUCUGCCGCAAGCUCAAGACCUCACCCAUUGAAGGUCUGUCUGGAAACCCGGCCGAUCUAGAAAAGCGCCACACUGCAUUCGGGAAGAACUUCAUCCCUCCCAAGAAGUCCAAGACGUUCCUGCAGCUGGUGUGGGAGGCGCUGCAGGACGUCACACUGAUCAUCCUGGAGAUUGCCGCCAUCAUCUCCCUGGGCCUGUCCUUCUACCAUCCACCAGGGGGCAAUGCUGAAGCGUGUGGCCAGGCUGGGGGCGGCGUGGAGGACGAGGGAGAGGCGCAGGCCGGCUGGAUUGAGGGCGCCGCCAUCUUGUUCUCUGUCAUUAUCGUGGUUCUGGUCACGGCCUUCAACGAUUGGUCCAAGGAGAAGCAGUUCCGCGGCCUCCAGAGCCGCAUCGAGCAGGAGCAGAAGUUCACCGUCAUCCGCAAGGGCCAGGUGAUCCAGAUCCCCGUGGCCGAGAUCGUGGUGGGAGACAUCGCUCAGAUCAAGUACGGAGACCUGCUUCCCGCCGACGGCAUCCUCAUCCAAGGCAACGACCUGAAGCUGGAUGAGAGCUCUCUGACCGGAGAGUCGGAUCAGGUCCGGAAGUCCCUGGACAAAGACCCCAUGCUGCUGUCCGGGACUCAUGUGAUGGAAGGCUCGGGCAGGAUGGUGGUGUCGGCCGUCGGCCUCAACUCUCAGACCGGCAUCAUCUUCACCCUGCUGGGCUCCGGUGAGCACGACGACGAGAAGAAAGUCAAAAAAGGUAAAAAACAAGGACCCCCCGAAAAUCGCAACAAAGCCAAGACCCAAGACGGCAUCGCGCUGGAGAUCCAGCCGCUGAAGAGCGAGGAGGCCACCGAGUCGGAGGAGAAGGAGGAGGUGAAGCAGGUCAAGAAGGUCAACGUGACCAAGAAGGAGAAGUCUGUUCUGCAGGGCAAGCUGACCCGGCUGGCGGUCCAGAUCGGCAAGGCUGGUCUGUUCAUGUCCGCCCUCACCGUCAUCAUCCUCAUCCUCUACUUCGUCAUCCACACGUUCGCCAUCCAGGGCCGCACCUGGAUGGCCGAGUGCACGCCCAUCUACAUCCAGUACUUUGUCAAGUUCUUCAUCAUCGGCGUGACGGUUCUGGUGGUGGCGGUUCCCGAGGGGCUGCCGCUCGCCGUCACCAUCUCUCUGGCCUAUUCUGUCAAGAAGAUGAUGAAGGACAACAACCUGGUGCGCCACCUGGACGCCUGCGAGACAAUGGGCAACGCCACGGCCAUCUGCUCAGACAAGACUGGCACGCUGACCAUGAACCGCAUGACCGUGGUGCAGGCGUUCGUCGGAGACACGCACUACAGGACAGUCCCGGAACCCGAUGCCAUCAACCCGGGAACGCUGGACACGCUGGUCAACAGCAUCUCCGUCAACUCCGCCUACACCACCAAGAUCCUGCCUCCAGAGAAGGAAGGCGGCCUCCCGCGCCACGUCGGCAACAAGACGGAGUGCGCCCUGCUGGGCCUGGUUCUGGAACUGAAGAGGGACUACCAGCCAAUCAGAGACGAGAUCCCAGAGGAAAAGAUGUACAAGGUUUACACGUUCAACUCCUCCCGCAAGUCCAUGAGCACGGUGCUGCAGAACGCUGAUGGAGGCUUCCGGAUGUACAGCAAAGGAGCGUCGGAGAUCGUCCUGAGGAAGUGCUCCCGGAUUCUAGACGUCAAGGGUCAGCCCCGUGUAUUCAAGACCAAAGACCGAGACGAGAUGGUGACGAAGGUGAUCGAGCCGAUGGCGUGCGACGGACUGCGGACCAUCUGCGUGGCGUACCGGGACUUCCCUGCCGAGGCCGGGGAACCCAACUGGGACAACGAGAACGACAUCCUGAACGAGCUGACCUGCAUCGCCGUGGUGGGCAUCGAGGACCCCGUCAGACCCGAGGUACCCGCAGCUAUCGCUAAGUGCCAGCGGGCGGGAAUCACUGUGCGCAUGGUAACCGGGGACAACAUCAACACGGCCCGCGCCAUCGCCACCAAGUGUGGCAUCCUGCUGCCAGGAGAGGAGUUCCUCUGUAUGGAGGGCAAAGAGUUCAACACGCAGAUCAGGAACGACAAGGGAGAGGUUGAACAGGAGCGUCUGGACAAAGUCUGGCCCAAACUUCGGGUUUUGGCGCGUUCAUCGCCGACGGAUAAACACACCCUGGUUAAAGGAAUCAUCGACAGCACGGUGGGAGAAACCCGACAGGUGGUGGCCGUGACGGGAGACGGCACCAACGAUGGCCCUGCCCUCAAGAAAGCCGAUGUCGGCUUUGCCAUGGGCAUCGCCGGUACCGACGUGGCUAAGGAGGCCUCCGACAUCAUCCUGACCGACGAUAACUUCACCAGCAUCGUGAAGGCCGUUAUGUGGGGCAGGAAUGUCUACGACAGCAUCUCCAAGUUCCUGCAGUUCCAGCUGACUGUCAACGUGGUGGCCGUGAUCGUGGCCUUCACCGGCGCCUGCAUCACCCAGGACUCCCCUCUGAAGGCCGUGCAGAUGCUGUGGGUCAACCUCAUCAUGGACACGCUGGCGUCCCUCGCCCUGGCCACCGAGCCGCCCACCGAGUCGCUGCUGCUACGCAAACCCUACGGCCGCGACAAGCCCCUCAUCUCCCGGACCAUGAUGAAGAACAUUCUGGGCCACGCCGUGUUCCAGCUCAUCAUCAUCUUCACUCUGCUGUUUGCAGGGGAAAAGUUCUUCGACAUCGACAACGGCCGCAACGCUCCGCUGCACUCCCCGCCGUCUGAACACUACACCAUCGUCUUCAACGUGUUCGUGAUGAUGCAGCUCUUCAAUGAGAUCAACGCCAGGAAGAUCCACGGCGAGAGGAACGUGUUCGAGGGCGUGUACAAGAACCCCAUCUUCUGCAGCGUGGUCCUGGGCACCUUCGCCCUGCAGAUCAUCAUCGUUCAGUUCGGAGGGAAGCCGUUCUCCUGCGCGCCGCUCACCAUCGACCAGUGGCUGUGGUGCGUCUUCGUGGGCAUGGGCGAGCUGCUGUGGGGACAGCUGAUCUCGGCCAUCCCGACCCACCACCUGAAGUUCCUGAAGGAAGCGGGCCACGGCAUCACCAAGGAGGAGAUCCACAAGGAGGAGCUGACGGAGGACACGGACGAGAUCGACCACGCAGAGAUGGAGCUGCGGCGAGGCCAGAUCCUCUGGUUCCGAGGGCUCAACCGGAUCCAGACCCAGAUUAAGGUGGUGAACGCGUUCCGUAGUUCCAUCUUCGAGGUGGAGAGUCCACAUUCCCGUAGCUCCAUCCAUAAUUUCAUGGCCCAUCCCGAGUUUUUGCCGCAUUCUGAGGAGGAGGCGCCUCGGUACAGCAUCAUUGAGGAGAACAGCGACGCGAUCAACUAUCUCCACUGAUCCUUGGCGAAGGAGAAGCACCUGGCAGCAAGGAGCUCCUCCUCCCUCCCCUCCUCUUCAUCACCUCCACCAGCUGGGUUGUUGCUCUGAGGAGGGGCAUCAUGACUCACCCUCUCAUCAGCACACAUCCUCGCCCCACGCCGUCUCCAUCCUGACUGUGAUGUUGUUCAGUUUGUUCCUCCAUCGCCUCCAUCCCAUCAGCUGGGGGCGAAGCCUCCUCACCAGGAACAUCUGCUUCUCGUUUAGACUCCCUCAGUUCACUUAUAGAAAUCUUCCUUUUUCACCUCUGCAUGCUGCAGUGCAUCGUGGGAAGACAGUUUGUUCGCUUCCCAACACGGCAGCAUCCAGAGACGACCCGCUCUCCGACCUCGUCCCGUCUGAGCCGGGUUCUGUUUCCCCCUGCGCCGGUUUAUCCGCAGCGUCUGUCUUAACCUGAUGCAUGUUUUGAUUUCCUGUUGAGUCGCAUGAUGGCUGAGUCCAGCUGUGUGGACGCGUCUCUGUUCAGAGCUCCAUGAUCUUCCUGUCUGUCCCACGUUGGAGAACCUGAAGGAUCCUGCAGAUCUUCUGCUGUUUCGCCGCAACAUGUUGAUCACUACCAUCGCAUUAAACACUAACCGUUUCGUUUCGCUCCCCUCUGACGGGGACGCCGGCGCCGAUCGGCCCAUCUGAGCUGCACCGGAUCAGGUUAAACUUAAAGGGGUAGUAUUAUGUAUUUUCCAGGCACAAAGUGCCAUUUUAUAGCACAAUCAAGUAACUAUUGUACCUUCAGUUAUAAAAAUGCUGUCUAUAUCAAACAUGACUUAAAAUAAAUUUCUUUACCAUUUAACGCCUUGAAAUUGGGACUCUGUCACUUUUAGAAGCUCUUUCUGACACUUUCCACUUGGAGACUGCUGCUCUGCGUGGAGAAAGCAGCGCUCAGUUAAACUACACACUUCUUCACCCAUGGUGGUUGCCAUGCAGAUUAAAGGAUUUCUCAAACAUGCAUGAAAGAAUCAAGGCACCAACACUCCAGGUAUGUUUUUGAUGAAGGAAUAAC